AUGAUCGAAGUGAUGGUCGGAGCGGUGGUCGGAGCGGUGGUCGGAGCGGUGGUCUCCUCUCACAAGCUGCAAAGAGCGGCAGUCAAACUUUGUCGAUCCCGCGCGUCAGAAAACACGCAGAAAGCAGUGCGCAGCGGAGCCAUGGAGCGAAUGUGGCUCUUAGAAUGUCAUCUUCAAAUGAGGCGGGAGGAGGUGGAGGAGAGCUGGAGCUGGAGCUGGAGCCACCGCCGCUGUGUGCUCCUCAUGCGCACUGACAGACGCGUCUCGCUGCUGCCGCUGCUGACGUCACGUGAAGCGCCUUGUAAUGAAUGUCGCGCACGGAAACCAACAGAUCCUCGGCUGUAG